AUGAGGCUAUUUCAGCUUUUUGUGCGAUUUUCCUCGCUGUCGUUGGGGCUGUUUGGCACACCGACCACGGCUCUCUCACUAGACAUCCAUGAUAGCGAAGAUAUAGCAUCCCUGAAAGAGGCAGCGAGUACCGCAGCCCGCGGAAUGCUGAAGUAUUAUCAUGGCAACGAACCCGGCCAGACCCCAGGAACACUGGAUAACACGUGGUGGGAAGCGGGCGCGAUGUUCAUGACACUGGUGCAAUACUGGCGCGUUAGCGGCGAUUCCUCUCACAACGAUAUUACAACGCAAGGGCUUCAAUGGCAGGCCGGAGAUGAUCAUGAUUAUCUACCUGCCAACAGCACUGCAUACCUGGUUCGUGCCCUUCCAACUCUACCCUGGGACAUACUGACCGAUGCUAAUGAUCUCACAUCGAUACCACAGGGCAACGAUGACCAGAUGUUUUGGGGCCUCGCGGCCAUGACCUGUGCAGAGACUACAUACCCCGAUGUCUCCGAUGGCCCAUCGUGGCUGUCCCUCGUGCAAGGCGUUUUCAACAACCAAAUCCCGCGCUGGGAAAUGGAAACCUGCCAUGGUGGUCUGCGAUGGCAGAUCCACUCAUGGCUGCCCGGGUAUGACCUCAAGAACACGAUUUCAAAUGGCGGGUUGUUCCAGAUAGCAGCCCGCUUGGCUCGGUACACAGGGGACCAGAAGUAUGCCGACUGGGCAACCAAGAUCUGGGACUGGAUGGCUAGCAGCCCACUGCUGGACACAAAGACGUGGAAUGUUGCCGAUACGACGUCUGUGACUGACGAGUGUACAACGAAUGGCAACGAGCAGUGGACAUACAACUACGGGACGUUGCUUUGCGGGGCGGCAUAUAUGUACAACUUUACAAAUGGAGACCCGAAAUGGCUCGACGCCGUCGAUGGAUUACUCAACGCCUCCCUCCGAAUUUUCUUCCCGCCGAUGUAUAACAAUGAUGUGUUUCAAAGGGUUCCUGUCCAUUUGGAUGGCCUACACAGCCACGCUGGUUCCAUCCACCGCGGAGCGGAUUACUCCCCGACUUCAAGGUCGGCAGAAGCCGCAGCGAGGCAGUGUUCCGGGGGCAAGGAUGGGACCGAAUGUGGGGUCCGAUGGUACGAGGAUAAGUGGGAUGGGAAGAAUAGUUUGGAGACCCAGAUGAGCUCCCUGAGCAUUUUUACUGCGAAUCUUAUGCUUCAGUCGAAUGAGCAGCCUGUGACUUCUACCACUGGAGGCGAGAGCAAAAGUGACCCAAAUGCAGGGACCGGAGGAAGAUCGAGGCAGGCUGAGCCGCCUCGCAAGAUUACAAGCGGUGAUCGAGCGGGCGCUUGGAUUAUAACUUUACUGGUGGGCGUUGCAUGGAUUUCUAUCAUUGUAUGGUUGGUUUGGUAG